AUGAGUGAGCUAUUGAGAACAGCUUGUGAAGAAGCAAAAAGAGGAAACUCCAAUAUUAAACAACGAGUGAGAGAUAUUGGAAAUAAGUUUUUAAACAAUGUUGAAAUAAGUGCACAAGAAGCAGUCUAUAUAGUAUUGCAACUUCCAAUGAGGAAAUCUUCUCGUCAAGUAGUAUUUAUAAAUACUUCACCCCCUGAGGAUAGAGUUCAGUUACUAAAACCAUUGGAAGAAAUUAAUGCUUUGGAAGAUGAUUCUGAUGAAAUUUAUGCCUCUGGUCUAAUAAAGCGUUACACAAAACGACCAGCCAAACUUGAAAAUUUGUCCCUUGCUGAUUGGGCUGCAUGGUACGACUCCACUGGUAAGCCAUAUAUCAAACCAUCUCAUGAGGUAGAUAUUGAUAACUAUCCACUUGAGACAAACUUGAGUGAUGAUGAUGAUGAUGAUGAUAAUGACGAAAAAGAAAGCAAACAAAAGAAUAAAAAAAGAUCUAAAGCCAGAAUUAUCCGAAGUGUCUGUUUUAACAAGGAAAUUGAUUCUGAAAAGCAUUACCGUGAACUAAUCAUGAUGUUGUUUACUUCAUGGAGGAAUGAAAUAACUGAUUUAUUAGGAAAUUGUACUUCUUACCAACAACACUAUUUACAAGUUAAAAAUACAAUAGAUGAGCAAAUGAAAUUUUAUGCUAUGUGUAGUGAAGACCUGAAUGCAAUUCAAGACCAGCUUAAUAAUGUGGAAAAUAAUGAUGAAAACUAUGACCUGAUUGCCCCAGGAACACAAAACAUUGAGCGUGAAGAUCAAGAUGAAGGUACACAAGACCUUCAUCCAGAAUUCAAUGAGAACUAUGACCUAUCUGGUGAUCUUGGAAUUCCUUCAGCUGCAUCUAAUACUGAGCAGCUGAUAUUGCAUGAAGAACAGGAUGAUGUUUACAGAGGAAUGGUACAAAAAUUAAACAGAGAACAAAAAGAAUUUUUCUUCUGUGUUUUACAUCUUAUUAAAACUUCUCACAAUCCAUUCUACUGUUUUCUUAGUGGAGGAGUGAAAAUAUUAAUGCUUGCACCAACUGGUAAAGCACCUUACAAUAUCAAAGGUAACACAAUACAUAGUGCACUUUCAAUACCUGCAUGUCAAUCUUUAAAGAAUUACAAACAUCUUGAUUCAAGCAGGUUAAACACCUUACGAUGUCAACUUGGUGGUUUAAAACUGAUAUUUUUGGAUGAGAUCUCAAUGGUUGGUAGUACAAUGUUUAAUGUUCAAAUAAAUAAUAGACUGAAAGAUAUUAAAGGAAGUAAAGAAGAUUUUGGUGGUGUAAGCAUGGUUGUUAUCGGUGAUUUAUUUCAGCUGGAACCUGUAAUGGACAGGUAUAUAUUUAAGAAUCUAGACAAUUCAGAAUAUGCAGUUCUUGCUCCUAAUAAAUGGCAAGAUAACUUCAAUAUGUUUGAAUUGGAAGAAAUUAUGCGGCAAAGGGAGAGCAUAGCCUCCUCCGCAGGCAACUCUUGA